AUGAGCCGGCUCGAAACCGUCGUGCCGACGACGAGCGUUGGGAAGCAAGCUUGCUGCGAUGUCUUCAGUCUGAUGAUGAAGAAUCUGGUGACGACACUCACCGUCAAACGGUUCUGGAACAAAUACUGGAGCAGCUUGACGAAGAAGACGAAGCGAGCGUCUCGAACAAUACAUCUGACCCUGACUAAGAAGAUGAUGGUCGGUCUGCUGGCAGCACAUGCUCAGUAUGGCACUGAGUUCCUAGACUUUCGCGAGACCUUAUGGCUACACUCAAGGUCAAUUAUUGGCGGACUCCUUGCUUUGCGUGAGUCGUACAAAGCAGUCAGCAUUGUAAACCCAAGAUUCCACGACUUUGACCACCCAGACCAAAAGAUGAGAACGGCAAAAGGAUACAGGGCUGCAGUCCCCGGAAUCAAGAAGGUAAUCACAGACAGUUUCAAGUAA